AUGACUGAGAUCAAAAGUGAUCGGGGUUUUUUCUACUUUGGUUUUUUACCUUCCACAUCUUUUUUUUUUUUUUAUUUGGGCGAUGCAGCAGCUUUUGUUAGGUGUACGUUUAUGCCUCCUCCACGCCCGGAAUUUGAGAACCCGCCGGAUGUUCUCUACAACAAAACUGGUGCCACCCGUUACACCAGCAGCACGCGUGUCCAGACGGUGCAGAGGGCCAUGACAUUGCGUGCAUUAGAACUUCUUGGCAUUCCUUCUGGUCGACAAGCGUUACUGUUGGACAUUGGGUGUGGCAGUGGGAUCAGUGGAGAUGUGAUUCGUGAAGUGGGACACACGUGGAUUGGUGUGGACAUCAGCAAAGACAUGUUGAUGCUGGCCAAGGAGCUGGAAGAGAAGGAGGAAUCUAAGCUGGGAAAGGAAGAGGAUUCACAUAGUGAUGGGCAAGAUGGCUCAAAAGAAUGUGGUGGAUGUAAUCCUGGCAAUGAUCUUAAAAAUGUGAAGUGGGGUCUUAUUACGGAAUCGGACGACGACGACAAGGAUGAGGAGGGCAAUGAAGAAGAAAAUACUGGUACGAUGACGGGCCCUUCAAUGGUUGAGGUUCUGCGUGGAGACAUGGGUCAGGGUUUGCCGUUUCGUCCCGGGUCCUUUGACGGAGCAGUCUCUAUAUCAGCGGUGCAGUGGCUUUGUCAAAGUGACUGUCGCGGACAUGUGCCACAGCGACGUCUACGUGCGCUGUUUCAAUCCCUUUACAAUGCACUCCAUCGAGGCGCGAAGGCCGCUCUUCAGUUUUACCCAAGCAAUGUUGAACAAGUGCACAUGAUCACACGUGCCGCCAUGCUAUGCGGUUUUACGGGUGGCAUGGUGGUAGAUUUCCCACACAGUGCCAAGGCGAAAAAGCAUUAUUUGGUGAUACAGGCCGGUCAAGUUGCGAGUGGGUUUCUUCCCCGUUUGCCGAUUGACGUUCACGACAGUGAUGAAGAGGAUGAAGCCUCAUUCAGCGACGAGGAGGGUGAUGAACAAUAUAUGACGGCUCGUGUGGGUGGUCGCGUGCGUGUGAAACGUUCCCGCUCUCACAACGACGGUCCGGCUCGCAAGAGGCGCCGGAAGGACAAUCGUCCCGUCACAGGCACGAAAGAAUGGGUGCUGCUUAAGAAAGCCGAAAGGCGCAAGUUUGGUCUCCCCACGACGGACGACUCCAAGUACACCAUGCGCAAACGCCGGCCACGGUUUUAG